GCAAGAAAACAGUUUCAAGUAUAAAGCAGAUUGUGAAAGUUUGUUUGAAGCAAGUUCUAUCUGAAAUAACCAAAGAAUUAAAAUGUCGCUAAUAUUGAGCAUGUUAGAUGAUUUGGAUCAUGAGAUGCAUAAUCCAUUCUAUGAUUUUGGUAUUGGAUUACAUCCUCAUCAUGUUCAACAUCAGCCACGUCGUCACCAUGAUGCGAUUGCUGCACACGCCAUGCCAUUAGGCGUCUACAAUCGUCCUUUGGUACGUCGUAAUAUGCAACAAAAUGGCGGACCAGUAUCAACUAUCGGCAAAGAUGGUUUCCAAGUUUGCAUGGAUGUGGCUCAAUUCAAACCGAGCGAAUUGAACGUUAAAGUUGUCGACAAGCAUAUCAUUGUCGAAGGCAAGCAUGAAGAACGUGCGGAUAAUCAUGGUUAUAUUUCGCGUCAUUUCGUGCGUCGUUAUUCUUUACCCAAAGGGUAUGAUUCCGACAAAGUGGUUUCAACUUUAUCAUCUGAUGGUGUUCUAACAGUUAGUGUACCAAAACCACAGUUGGAGGAUAAAUCC